CGGCAACGUGACAGCUGUCUGAAAACGUAAACAAAAGCGUAGUGCGGUCGAGUGGCGAAAGGAUUCAACUUUGCACUUUUAUUGUGAAAUUCGUGAUUCAACUGCUGGAAUUUUCGCGAAUUCAAGACGGCGUUACGAUUAAUGAUGAGAGCUGUGCUGAAGUGGGUUGAGAAAAUCCAUGAGCCCAGUGAAAAAUUGGAUUAUGUGAGUAUUCACUCAGCAUGUUACAGCCCAGACGGUACUCAUCUAAUCGUUGCCGCUGGCGACAAAGUCUUGGUUUAUGAACCCACCGAUGGCACUCUUCUUGAAACAUUAAAGGCUCAUAAGGACAUUGUUUAUUGUACAGCCUAUGCUAAGGAUGGGAAAAAAUUUGCUUCGGGCAGCGGUGAUAAAUCAGUUAUAAUUUGGACAAAUAAACUCGAGGGACUUCUAAAAUAUUCUCAUGGGGAUGCAAUACAGUGCAUGGCAUUCAAUCCGAUUUCUCAUCAAUUGGCAUCAUGUUCCUCUUCAGAUUUUGCGUUGUGGUCAGCAGAACAAAAAGCGGUUCAGAAGUAUAAAAUCAGCUCUAAAGUGAAUGCGUGUGCUUGGACAAACGAUGGGCAAUAUCUGUUAUUAGCCCUAUCGAAUGGAACCAUCUCCAUUCGGAAUAAGGCCGGAGAGGAGAAAGGCAAAAUCGAAAGGCCCGGCGGAUCAAACAAUCCAAUAUUUGGAGUCCAAUGUUGUCCUAUGAAUGCUGCCAACUCUGAUGUUCUAUGUGUAGUAGAUUGGGGCCAAUCGCUAUCAUUCUACACGUUGGGUGGCCAGCUUGUCGGUAAAGAGCGAUUUCUGGGAUUUGAUCCACUUUGUGUAUCUUAUUUUCAAAGUGGAGAAUUUCUUGCUGUUGCUGGUUGUAACAAGAGCGUUCAACUUUUUACUAAGGAUGGUAUCAAGCUUGGAACAUUGGGAGAAGUUUUCGAUUCUUGGGUUUGGACCGUAGCGAUUCAUCCCAAUGGACUCUCAUAUACAGUCGGGUGCCAGGAUGGUACGCUUGCAUGUUAUAAUGUCGUUUCAAGCACGGUUCAUGCACUUUACCGCGAACGGUACGCGUUUCGUGAAAAUAUGUGUGAUGUGAUUAUUCAGCAUUUGAUCUCGGGACAAAAGGUCCGAAUAAAGUGUCGGGAUUUAGUUCAUAAGAUUGCGAUUUACAGAAAUCGUUUGGCUGUGCAGUUGCCGGAAAGGGUAGUGUUGUAUGAGCUGAGUUCACUUGAAAAUCAGCCAAUGCAUUAUAAAGUGAAGGAGAAGAUAACCAAGAAAUUUGAAUGCAGUUUAUUGGUUGUUUGUGCUCAGCACAUUGUCUUAUGUCAAGACAAGAAGCUUCAAAGUCUGGAUUUUACUGGAGCACUUCAAAGAGAAUGGAUUAUGGAUAGUUUUAUACGAUAUAUAAAAGUUACGGGUGGCCCUAUUGGUAAAGAAGGUCUUCUAUUAGGCCUAAAAAAUGGUCAGGUUUGGAGAAUAUUCUUGGACAACGCUUUACCAAUCCUCAUAACGACUGUUAUGUCAUCAGUAAGGUGUUUGGAUUUGAAUGCUACAAGAAACAAGUUGGCUGUUGUUGACGAUGCAGGGCGACUAGUUGUUAGAGAUUUGGUGAAUGAUUCCAUGUUGUAUCAGGAUACUGGUGUCAACUCUGUGGCUUGGAAUACUCACCUUGAAUCUAUGUUGUGCUACUCUCAUAUCACAGGCGGACUAAGCGUUCGUGUUGGUAAUUUACCUCCUAGGAGUCCUCAGAGCAUGAUUGGUGUUGUAGUUGGAUUGUGUGGUUCGACAGCAUUUUGCCUUCGAGGCAAUGUCAUGCAUAACGUUCCCUUGGCUUUGGGCGCAACUAUGUGGCAAUUUAUCGAAGCUGGUUUUUUUGAAGAGGCAUAUCAAGUUGCAUGUCUUGGUGUACCAGCAAACGAUUGGCAAGGUUUAGCCCACGCUGCCUUAGAAGCUCUUCAACUAAACAUUGCUCGAAAUGCUUUCGUGAAAGUCCGUAAUUUACCAUGGCUUCAAUUGAUCAAUGAACUUCAGGAAAAACAGAAAAGAGGAGAUGUCCCAAAAGAAGUAUUACAGGCGGAAAGCUUAGCCUUUGCUGGAAAAUUUAAAGAGGCCGCUAGACUUUAUCAGAAAUGCAAUCACAAUAAUCGUGCCUUGGCGAUGUAUAGCGAUCUUCGUAUGUUUGAUUUGGCCCAGGAAUUCGUAAAAGACGACGAUGUGGCUGACAAAAGGGAGUUAGUGAGGAGACGUGCUGAGUGGGCUUGCUCGGUACAUGAACCCAGAGCAGCCGCUGAACUAUUGUUAUCUGCAGGAGAAAAUGAGCGGGCUAUUGAGAUUGUUGCAGAGCAAGGGUGGUCGGAUGUGUUAUUCGAUAUUGGUCGUCGGUUAAGCCAAACUGAAAGGACCGCCUUGCAACAAAUUGCAAUUCAUUUAAAGAGGUUAAAAGCACUACCUCUGGCAGCAGAAAUAUAUAAGAAGCUCGGGGAGGAAUCUCAGGUUGUGCAAUUACAUGUUGAGGCGCGUGAUUGGCCAGAGGCUUUCCGACUGGCUGAAAGUGUACCUGAACUAUUGACAUCAGUACAUUACCAACACGCUCACUGGCUUGCUGAAUCAGAUAAAUUCAUACAGGCACAUCAAUCAUAUAUAAAAGCUGGACGAAUCAAAGAUGCUGAAAAGUUACUCAAAAAUUUGAGUGAAUGUGCUAUUAACGAAGAGAGGUUUUUAGAUGCUAGUUACUUUUAUUGGCUAAUGGCGAAGCAGUUUUUGGAAGUUCCAAAGGAAGGCGAACUUCCGACCGAACAUCAGCUGCAAGAAUUCAAAAAACUAUUCAAAUUGGCGAAGAUAUAUUUUGCUUACAAUAUCAUACAUACAUAUUUGAAGGAACCGUUUACAAGCAACCCACCGUUAACUCUGUUUAAUGCUAGUCGCUUUAUAUUGAACGAAAUUGGAAACAGACGUCCUCCCAAAGGCGUCAGUUUAUUUGCCGUCUUGUAUACGCUGUCGAAACAAGCAAAGGCUUUAGAUGCAAAUAAACUUUAUUUCCAAAUAAAUAAAAGGCUACAGACAUUGAAACCGCCAGCAAACAUUCAAGAACAGAUUGACAUAAAUUAUUUAAACAGCAAAGCAUGCAAGCAAGGAUUCAACGACCCAGAAGAGCUGAUGCCGUUGUGCUACAAAUGUUCAAAUUAUAGCACCCAUAUGAAUGGAAACUCUUGUCCGACUUGUCAGCAGGACUAUACGUUUUCUUUUGUAUCCUUCGAAAUAUUGCCCCUGGUUGAAUUUCACCCGGAGAUCGAUAUAAGUGAUGCAGAAGCAGAGCGGAUUUUAUUGGCUCCACCGAAAACAAAUGAUGAUCAAACAGAUCCGUUUGCAGAAGCUGGAAAUGAGGAGAUGACAUCAACUUUACCUCUAUCCUUUGAUCGGGCAUCAUUACGAGCGAUCGAUCCAAGCCACAUCCUUAUAAUCAAGAAUAAAAACACAAAUAUGAAAAAUGUGUAUUAUCGGAAUUUGUUACCGGAUUUGCAAAUAACAUUUUGUCCUGAAUGCUUGCUGACAUUUUACUCUGAGGAUUUCGAAUUGCAAGUUUUGCAAAAAGGAUACUGCCCAUUCUGCCGGGCAUCUUCGGAGAAAUUGUAUGAAACUUAAUGGAAUCGAUUCCAAACAGUUAUGUUUUCAUUCGUACAAAUUACUGCACCAAAAAAUAAUAGAAAUUGUUGAUUAAAACCUAA